AUGAAGGACUUGUUGAGGUUCGUUUUGAAGCAGCGGAUGAAUUCGAUAGGACUCAACAAGAUGAAUCUCUUGGGAUCUACGGAUUCUGAUGAGGACAUCAAAAUCAGCUCAACUGAAUCUGAGGAGGAGAUCAUUAACGUGCCUACUAUGAAGCGAACUCCAAGAACAAGAUCAGGCACGAAGAAACUUAGAGAGGAGUUUAACAAGUCUGUAGAGAAUCUCAUCACACUCAUAGAGCAUGAAGAAUUUUAA